CUUGAAACCUAAAUUCAAAAGUGAUUCUACACAUUAGCCAACUGUUUUGCUAACUUGUUUUCCUGCACUGUGGCGGAACCUCUAAACUAAAGGUUUUUUUUGCUGUUGUUUUACAAAACAUGGAGCUUAUGAACGAAGACUUAAAAAUGUACUUUUACGAAAACAGGAUAGCUACUUAUUCGGGGUGGCCGUUUGACGAGGACUGCGCGUGCACGUCGGAAAAUAUGGCCAAAGCUGGUUUUAUUCACACCCCCACUGACAACUGUCCGGAUGUGGCCCAGUGCUUCUUCUGCUAUAAAGAGCUGGAGGGCUGGGAACCUGACGAUGAUCCUCUCAAGGAGCACAAGUCUCACUCCCCAGCUUGCAAUUUCAUUCUGCUGAAAAAGACUGUGGAGGAGCUCACAGUGGAGGAGAUCCUGAAGCUGCAGAAAGAAAGGCAAAAAUUCCACAUUAAAAAGGCCUGCAAACAUGUCAUUGAGAAGUUUGAGGAAGCAGCACAAUCGAGAAGAGGUGACAUCAUCAAACUAGCCAUGGAAGGAUAAAGCUUUGUGGCUUAUGCUUCAGUCAUAUUUUAGCUCUUUGUUUAUCAGCCAUGGACAUACUAUGAAACUCUGCUAAUUCUUGUGUAUACUGAAUAUUCAUCUUUAAUAGAAUAGCAUUAUUCUUCACAGCUUCUUAAAUGCAGUUCGAUUUAAAUCCCUAUUAUUAGAGAGGCAGAUUAACCCACCUUAUUUCCUUGUCUAUAUCUAUACUGCAGAAUUUUCAUUGAUAAUACAGCUAGGUGCUGUAAUUGGAACUGAACAUUUCAUCCCUUAAAUUGAAUGUGUUUUCGUUAAUAGUCUUCACUCAAUUUUCAAUGUUUUCCAGCUCUGUAAUGAAUACAGCUAAAGCUUUCAUGACUCGUCAUAUUGUACCAAUUCUUCAUUCUUUUUUUAUUCUAAUUCAUAUUCACUCACUUGCACUACUUAUUUGUAUAAUUUUUGUGUGUUUGCAAAAUUGUUGGGCUGGUUGAAGUUUGUUUCUUUUGUUUGUGUCAAUAAAUGUUGCAAUGUU